AGCCCGCCAAGUUGAGCGUGUGGUCACUGGCUAGCUGAGGCCGAGGAGGAGGGGGGGGGGGAAGGGGGGCUUCUUUGCCUCGCCUCGCCUCGCCUUCGUCUGCCAUUUCCGCGGUGACGUUCAAUGAAGGCGCGACGACGCUUUGGUCGAGUAUGCUCGUCACCGGCGUGGUCCUCUCUUUCUUAGCCGCGUCGAACAAACAGCACCAAGGCGGAGGGGCGCUUUCUUCGCGCUACGGUCGACUCCUCCUCCUCCGUCGCCGCCUCGGGGGGCUCGAGACGUCUCGAGGCGCCCCCGCAAUGGAAGUUACAAUUUGACAGCGCCGCCGGUGCUUCAAUGACAUUUCCCCCGAUAAUUUAGCUUCUGUGAGCUGUAGCGGAAACCAGCGAAGGAUCACUAACAGCCGCGCUAGCACCCCGCUCCUCUUAAAAAAAAAAAAAAUGUCCUUUUUCAAUUUUCGCAAGAUCUUCAAGCUCGGGUCCGACAGGAAGAAGAAGCAGUACGAGCACGUCCACCGAGACGUCAACCCGGAGGAGAUUUGGGACAUCAUCGGGGAACUCGGAGAUGGAGCCUUCGGCAAAGUCUACAAGGCUCAGAACAAACAGAAUGGGACCCUUGCCGCCGCCAAGGUUAUUGACACAAAGACUGAGGACGAACUGGAGGACUACAUGGUGGAAAUCGACAUCCUGGCCUCCUGCGACCACCAUCACAUUGUUAAACUGUUGGACGCGUUUUAUUUUGAGGGGAAACUCUGGAUCCUGAUUGAGUUCUGUGCGGGUGGCGCAGUAGAUGCCAUCAUGCUGGAACUAGAGAGGCCUCUGACUGAACCCCAAAUCCGUGUGGUGUGUAAGCAGACCCUGGAGGCCUUGGUCUACCUGCACGAGAACAAGAUCAUCCACAGAGACCUGAAGGCUGGCAACAUUCUCCUUUCCCUAGAGGGAGAAGUGAAACUUGCGGACUUUGGGGUUUCUGCUAAAAACACGAAGACCUUGCAGAGGAGAGAUUCUUUCAUCGGAACGCCAUACUGGAUGGCGCCAGAAGUGGUGAUGUGCGAGACGUCGAAGGACCGCCCGUACGACUACAAGGCCGACAUCUGGUCCCUGGGGGUGACCCUGAUUGAGCUGGCGCAGAUCGAGCCGCCCAAUCACGAGAUGAAUCCCAUGAGAGUUCUGCUGAAAAUAGCCAAGUCCGAGCCGCCCACACUCAUGCAACCCUCCCGCUGGACACCGGAAUUCAACGACUUCCUCCGCAGAGCACUCGACAAGAAUGUGGACAACCGGUGGGGGCCAGUGCAGCUUCUACAGCAUCCAUUUGUCGCCAGCGUCGCAGACAGCAAACCUCUGCGAGAGCUCAUCGCAGAGGCAAAGGCUGAAGUCACAGAGGAGAUUGAGGACAGCAAAGAAGAGGAAGAGGAGGAAGAGCCCGAUACACCUGUGGCCGCUCGUGGACACAAGCGAGCCUCGUCAGACGUGAGCAUGGCGAGCUCCGAGGAAGACAAAGUCCCACCAAAUUCAUCCACGCUGGAGUCCGUGACAGAAAAGACAGAAGACGGGACCAGCGAUAAGCUCUCAGAUGAAGGUCUUGGAGGAAGCGAGCCUGAAAAGACGGAAGAGGGAAAACUCAACGAGGUGCCCAAGACCGGUAAUGAAGACGCCGCCUCUGGGCUGAUGGAGGAGCCCGCCUCACUAGAGCUAAUGGAGCCCGAGGGCCAAGCUAACAAAAUUCUCGCUGAGCCGACUGGUUUAGAGGAAGAAGUUGUAGAUGCAGCGCAGACAACAGAAGAAACAGAGGGGGGGGAUGAAAAAAUAAAUGACGCUCCACAAGUAUUAGAACUUGAAAAAGAGCCUGAAGAGGUGACCAAAGAGGAUGAGUCAAAUGAGCGGAUUAUUGGAUCUGCAGAAUCAGAGGAGCCGCUUGAGGAUGCGCGUGCCAAACCAGAGUCUGCAUCAGAGGUACAGGUCGAACAAGUGAGUAAGCCGGACGACAUGCUUCAGCAUGACCUGACCAAUAUGGCCAACGGCACGGAUGUUAUUGUUGAUGGUGGAAGUCAUGCAGAGGCACACGUAGUGGGAGACACAGAAACAAAGUUGAGUAGGGACGAGUCUCUUCCAGAAAAAUCUGAAGAGAAGAUUUUUGAGUCUCCUGAGCAGGACUCCCAGACCUUCAAUGAGGUCAAACCUUCAAACGGAGUGUGUGACGACGUGAUCAACACCUCUGAGGACGCGGCGCCAGCGCUCCCAACUAAGGAAGACGACGACGCGACGCUCGCAGAAGACGCUACGAUCCAAAGCGAAACCAACUCUGAGACAAAGACUGAGCAGGGGAGUCCCGCUGCGAGCCAGCAGGAUCUGGAGAAGGACUCCGACUCCGGAAGCAGCUCGGCUGCUGACAGCAGCAGCCUGGACCUCAAUCUGUCAAUAUCGAGCUUCCUGUCAAAAAGCAAAGAAGGCGGGUCAGUGUCUGUACAGGAGUCAAAACGGCAGAAGAAGACCCUGAAAAAGACGCGCAAGUUCAUGGUGGACGGCGUGGAGGUCAGCGUGACAACGUCAAAGAUUGUGACAGACGAUGACGCCAAGAAUGAGGAGAUGAGGUUCUUGAGGCGGCAGGAGCUCCGAGAGCUGCGCUUGCUGCAGAAGGAGGAGCAGAGAGCUCAGCAAGAGCUCAGCAACAAGCUGCAGCAGCAGAGAGAGCAGAUAUUGCGGCGUUUUGAACAGGAAACGACAGCUAAGAAGCGCCAAUACGACCAGGAAGUGGAGGGCCUGGAGAAGAAGCAGAAGCAGACCAUCGAGCGUCUGGAGGGGGAUCACACGAGUCGGCUGCGGGACGAAGCAAAACGCAUCAAAGGAGAUCAGGACAAGGAACUCUCCAAGUUCCAGAACAUGCUGAAGAACAAGAAGAAAGAGGCGGUCGCCCAGGUUAUGAUACAGUCUUUUCAGUUGUCCUCAUGCGCACUCUUCAAUGCUCAGAUGCAGGAUGAGCAGGAGUUCCUCCAGAAGCAGCAGCAGGAACUCGACGGGGAGCUCAAGAAGAUCAUCCAACAGCAUAAAGUGGAGAUCGCCACCAUCGAGCGGGAUUGCCUCAACCACAAGCAGCAGCUGAUGAGAGCUCGGGAGGCGGCCAUGUGGGAGCUGGAGGAGCGCCACCUGCAGGAGAAGCACCAGCAGCUCAAGCAGCAGCUCAAAGACCAGUACUUCCUGCAAAGACACCAACUCCUCAAGAGGCACGAGAAGGAAAUGGAACAGAUGCAGCGCUACAACCAGCGUCUGGUCGAGGAAAUGAAGAACAAGCAGAACCAAGAGAGGGUCCGCCUCCCCAAGAUCCAGCGCAGCGACGGCAAGACGCGCAUGGCCAUGUUCAAGAAGAGCCUCCGGAUCACCGCCUCGGCCGUCAUCACCCCCGAACAGGAGCGAGACCGUAUUAAGCAGUUUGCGUUCCAGGAAGAGAGGCGGCAGAAGAACGAGCGUCUCCACCAGCACCAGAAGCACGAGAACCAGAUGAGGGAUCUUCAGCUGCAGUGCGACUCCAACAUCAGAGAACUGCAGCAGCUCCAGAAUGAGAAAUGUCACCUCCUGAUCGAGCAUGAGACCCAAAAGCUGAAGGAGUUGGAUGAGGAGCACUGCCAGGAGAUCAAGGAGUGGAGAGAGAAGCUCAGACCCAGGAAGAAGGCGCUGGAGGAAGAGUUCACGCGGAAGCUCCAGGAGCAGGAGGUCUUCUUCCGAAUGAGCGGCGAGUCGGAAUGCCUUAACCCCACCGCUCAGAGCCGCGUGUCCAAGUUUUACCCCAUCCCGCACGUGCACAGCUCCGGAUUGUAGCCGCCUCGCAAAGAGGGGAGAAAAAAAAAACCGGCUACAGUAUUGCGCUUAGUUGGGAGGAUUUUUUUUUGUUUUUUUUUUCCUUUUCAUUUUGAAAGCAUGUUCUGAUUUUCAAAGGUCGUACAGGUUACAUUUGAGUGCCUCCUUUUCUAUUUCAGUUGCAUUUUUGUUUAUUAGCCCCCCCCCCCCCCACCAAUGAAUGUCUCACUUAUCACUGAACAAUGAUUCGAUUAUGUGGUUGCACCCUGUGAUGAUGACUCCUCCGACGCGGGUGCCAACUACUUCCUGGAACCCCGCCGUAGAGUGAACGCUGUCAAAUGCAUAUCAAAGGAAUGUAAAACUGUUGCUGUCAAUUUGCACUUUUUUUUGCCACAUUAGCUGAAAAAAUAUGCAGUAUGAGUUAUUUGGGAUUUUAAUCAUCUGCUUUGUGACCGCUGUCGUCUAAAUCUUACAUUCCUGCUUAUACACAGAUGCUGUAAUUCAGGGGUGGGGGAAACGACACCCUAAAAAUCCUCCAAAAUAUUAAACCAAUCCAUGCAUAUAAUGUAUAAUUUGUUGCAUUCUUUUUAAUCGCAAAUGUAUUAAGGCCCUCAUAGGACUAUAUAAGAAUUCAACCAAUGAAAAAGCUGUAAGUGAUCAUUUAUAGUUCCGCUGUUCUCAAAAUGGCCGACACUUGAUUAAUUUAUGUCAUUUCCGCACUGCUUGAAUUCUCAUGCUCGUAACAAAUGCUGGAUUUUUAUUUGAGUUUAACACCAAACAUACAUAGUGAUAUAUUUUUUAAGAAUUUUAACUCGCUGCGUUUGUAAUGUCUUGACCACCUCGAUGGAAAAAAAAAUAAUAAUAAUGAAAAAAAAAAGUAUAUAUGCAGUGCUAUUGUCUGAUCAAAUGUAUUGGAAAUGUCACUGGACAUUUGUUGUAAAUAAAAAGUAUUCAUGUUU